AUGAAAGUCAAGCAGAUAGACACGUACAUAACCUCAACACAUUCGUUACUCAAAUCGAACCCCUCAGGGACAACGAUAUCGAUAACUUAUACACAUGUUAAAAAGGACGAUGAUAAAAUAAGAUCGAUAAUCAAAUUUAAGACAUACGAUUCUAAAAACGGUAUUUGCCACGUGUUCAAGACACACAAAGUUAAGGAAUUUUCGAAGCUAUUCAAUGCCUUAGGCCCCAGAGGCUGUAAUGUAGAUGGCCAAGAUGUUGAUGGAUUGAGUUUAUUGUUGUCAAAUACAGAUAAAGAUUUAGUCAUAAAAGAGGUUAGCGAAUGUGUUCCAUCUAACGAAAAAAUAAAGGUAGAAGCAGAAACUACCCCGGAGCCUAUCCAGAAGAAGAAGAAGAACAAAAAGAAGGGGAAAAAAUAG